AUGGUCAACUCACCGCCGAUCCUCAAUUCGCCCCCUAUCGCGCCGAAUGGGACGCGUAUCGCAAGCACCUGGUCGAACUCCCGAGGUUUGAGACUGUUUUCCAACCUAUCUGACCAAUUAUGAUGCACUCUGCUUGAUAGGUUCAUCCGUAAUGCUAUUGCAAGGUUCGACGAUGGUCAAACCGGCGACGAUAUCUACGCAAUCGAUCAGCUUCGAGCGAUGAAUCUUGCGAGACAGGCGUGGAACGACAUCCGCCCCGAGACGAUUGCCAACUGCUGGCGCCACGCUCAAAUCUUGUCUGAUCGCAAGAACAAAGGAUCGACCGACCAUACACCUCUUCCCAACGGUCGCGGGCCUCUGAUCGCGGCAUCAUCAACGCGAUGA